AGUUUGAGAAUUUAUAUGUAAUUAAACCUAAAAUCUUCUGAGAAUGGCUGCUGCGGCAAACCCUAAAGAAGCUGUGUGCGUGACCGGAGCUAACGGAUUUAUAGGGUCAUGGCUGGUCCGCACCCUCCUUGAAGGCGGCUAUACCCGGGUCCACGCAGCGAUUUACCCAGGCUCAGACCCCAACCAUCUGUUGUCUCUCCCCGGCGCCACUUCCCGAGGCGUGGUGCUGCAGGUGUACGAGGCCGACGUCUUGGACUACCCAGCCGUCCUCAAAGCGGUGGAGGGCUGCCAGGGUGUAUUCCACGUGGCCUCUCCUUGCAGUCUGGAAGAUCCCAAAGACCCAGACAAGGAACUGGUGAGACCAGCGGUGCAGGGCACACUCAACGUACUCGAAGCCGGUAGAUCAGCCAAGGUCAGACGGAUGGUGCUGACUUCCUCUAUAUCAGCCAUGGUUCCAAACCCCAAUUGGGACCCUAAAACCCAAGGACCCUUCAACGAAUCAUCCUGGACAGACCUGGAAUACUGCAAGGCACGACAUAAAUGGUAUCCAGUGUCAAAGACCCUAGCUGAGAAAGCGGCAUGGGAAUAUGCAGAGAAACAUGGACUUGAUGUAGUGGCUAUAAAUCCGGCAACAUGUUUAGGUCCUAUGUUGCAACCCAACUUGAAUGCAAGUUGCGCGGUGCUGCUACAAUUGUUACAAGGCUCUAAAGAUACCCAGGAGUACCACUGGUUAGGGGCAGUCCAUGUUAAAGAUGUUGCCAAAGCACAGAUAUUAUUGUUCCAGUCACCUGUUGCUUCUGGUAGAUAUCUUUGCACUAAUGGUAUCUAUCAGUUCUCUCAGUUUGCUCAAACUGUGUCCAAACUUUUCCCUCAUUAUCCUGUCCACAGGUUUGCAGAGGAAACACAACCGGGGUUAGUUCCUUGCAAAGAGGCAGCCAAGCGAUUAAUUGAUUUGGGUCUAGUUUUCACACCAGUUGAAGAUGCUGUUCGUGAGACUGUGGACUCUUUGGUAACCAAAGGCAUCCUGAAAUCGCACUAGCGGAUGUUACAGUCAGAAAUUAGGAAAACAAAACCUGUUAUGAUUAUUUUCUUUUUCUUUUGUUUUAAAUUUUCCGUCUACGUAAGUCUAAAGUAAAAAGGUAGACAAAGUUUGUUGUCUUUGCUUUUAAAUUAUAUAUUUUAUUUGGAUAAAGCAUUAAGAAGAGACGUGUGUUACCUUAA